GAACCUUUAAAAUAUUAGUUAGCUGUUACUCUGUCUCAUCUUUACUAAGCUACUGCAAACAGCAAAUGCAUUGGACUGGUAGCCCUAAAGCAAGGGCUUUGUAAGAUUUUCAGUAAACAAAUGAAAUGCUUUUGUGAGAGGUCAGACCUACGGACUGAAGGUUUGUCUGCAGUGGAUCUAAUAUGCAGUGAUGGCCCUGAUGAGGCCAGGCUAUACAGCUGGGCUUAUCUAUGGAAAUAAGUUGUGUCUCCUACUGCAAGAAAAGCUGGGCACUAUAGGAAAUGAGUUUUUAGCCAUCUGAUAACAGUGAUACACAAUGCCUGAUCAGGAAAAAAAGUUGAAGAGCACGGAAAAAGCAACAGGCAAAAAACCUCAUGGAAUCUCUAUGAGGGAUUAUUCUGAUCUUAAAAGACUUCAGUCUCUCUUAAAUGUUCAGUCAAGCAACAAACAGCUUCCAGCUAUACAUUUUCAAAGUGGUCAAACCAGUGUGACAAGAGCUUGGCGAAAUGUCAAAAGCAAUGAACAAAACCCCCAUGGUCAAUGGCAAGAAUCAACAGAAGCUGUUGAGCUAGAAAACUUUAGUGUGACCUACAAGAAUGAGAGAAAUUUUAGCAAACAUCCCAAACACAGGCUGUUCCAAGAGAUCUUUACAGCUUUAGUUAAGAACAGACUUAACUGCAGGGACUGGGUUAAUCAAGCUCCAUCCAUUCAUUUUCUUAGAGUAUUAAUCUGCCUGAGAUUACUAAUAAGGGAUCCAUGCUAUCAGGAAAUGUUCCACAGCUUGGGUGGGAUUGAAAAUCUGUCUCAGUACAUGGAAAUGGUAGCAAAUGGCUAUCUUGAUUACGGAGAAGAGCACCAUAAUGUAGACAAGUUGGUCAACAUGACAUACAUUUUCCAAAAGCUUGCUGCUGUUAAAGAUCAAAGAGAAUGGGUUAUAGCAAGUGGAGCACAUAAAACCUUAGUAAAUUUGUUAUCUGCCAGAGACAGCAAUGUGCUUUUGGGUGCCCUCCUUGCUCUGACUAGCCUAGCAGAAAGUCCAGAAUGUAGGGAGAAGAUAAGUGAGCUCACCAUUGUUGAGAACUUGCUGGUGAUAUUACAUGAAUACGAUUUGCUUUCUAAAAGGCUCACAGCAGAGUUGCUACGUCUCCUCUGUGCAGAGUCACAAGUCAAAGAACAAGUAAAAAUGUAUGAAGGAGUUCCAGUCUUGCUCAGUUUACUCCAUUCUGAUCAUGUUAAACUUCUAUGGAGUAUAGUUUGGAUUCUGGUGCAGGUUUGUGAAGACCCUGAGACUAGUGUGGAAAUCCGAAUUUGGGGUGGAAUCAAGCAGCUCCUUCAUAUAUUACAGGGGGGAAGAAAUCUUGUUUCUGAUCGCUCUUCGGUUGGAAGUUUAUCUAGCGCGAAUGCAGCAGGGAGAAUCCAACAUCUUCAUUUGUCAGAUGAUUUGAGUCCUGAUGAGAUGCAAGAAAAUAUUUUCUCACUUCAAGCAGCUUGUUGUGCUGCCAUUACUGAACUAGUGCUCAAUGAGACUAACGCUUACCAGGUAGUACAGGCAAAUGGAAUAUAUACAAUAGCAAAGCUGAUUUUACCAAACAAAGGAAGGAAUGAUGAAAAAGCUAAUUUAUUACAGUGUUAUGCUUUCAGAGCUCUGAGAUUUCUCUACAGUAUGGAAAGAAAUCGACAUAUCUUUAAAAGGCUUUUCCCUACUGACUUGUUUGAAAUCUUCAUCGAUAUUGGACAUUAUGUGCGUGAUAUCGGUGCUUAUGAAGAGUUGGUAUCAAAGCUAAAUUUAUUAAAGGAGGAUGAAUUGAAGCAAAUUGCUGCAAGUAUUGAGAGUAUGAAUCAGAAUAAGGCACCUACAAAACAUAUAAGCAAUUAUGCAAUUUUAGAGCACCUUGGCAGUGGAGCUUUUGGAAGUGUAUAUAAGGUUAGAAAACAUAAUGGACAAAAUCUCCUGGCAAUGAAAGAAGUCAAUUUACACAAUCCAGCAUUUGGAAAGGACAAAAAAGACAGAGACAGCAAUGUAAAGAACAUUGUCUCUGAAUUAACCAUCAUCAAAGAGCAGCUUUAUCAUCCAAAUGUUGUACGGUAUUAUAGAACCUUCUUGGAAAAUGACAGAUUGUACAUAGUCAUGGAGCUCAUAGAGGGUGUGCCACUGGGAGAACACUUUCACUCUUUGAAGCAAAAGCAACAGCAGUUUACAGAAGAAAGAAUAUGGCAUAUAUUUAUCCAACUUUGUCUAGCUCUUCGUUAUUUGCAUAAAGAGAAAAGGAUUGUUCAUCGAGAUCUCACUCCAAACAAUGUCAUGCUGGGGGAUAAAGACAAAGUUACAAUUACUGACUUUGGGCUUGCAAAGCAAAAGCAAGAAAACAGCAAACUUGCAUCAGUAGUGGGAACUAUUCUAUACUCGUGCCCUGAAGUUGUAAAGAGUGAGCCAUAUGGAGAGAAGGCUGAUGUCUGGGCUGCAGGAUGCAUCCUUUAUCAGAUGGCAACUCUGAACCCACCGUUUUACAGCACCAAUAUGCUGUCCUUGGCAACUAAGAUAGUAGGGGCUGUGUAUGAACCUGUGCCAGAAGGACUGUACUCUGAAAAAGUGUCAUUUGCCAUUAAGAGAUGCUUGACUCCUGAUGCAGAGGCACGUCCAGAUAUAGUGGAGGUCAGCUCGCUGCUGUCUGAUGUGAUGAUGAAAUACCUGGAUGUUUUAUCUACUUCUCAUCUCAUGUUGGAGAAGAAACUGGAUCGGGAGAGGAGACGAACCCAAAAAUACUUCAUGAAGGCUAAUCAAAAUGCAGUAACCUAUAACCAUGCGCUUUCCAUUUUAUCACAAAAACAUAAUGAGAAGUUGAGUCUUCAUAGCAGCAGCGGUGGAACAGCCAGUUGCAAAAGUGAAUUUUCAGAAAAUACUCACCUCCCAGCUGAAAGCUGUCAAUCUGCAUGUGGAAAAGAUGAGGAAAGAACAUACGAAGAAAUCCUGGUAGAGGAUCACAGCACUUUAGAGAACUCUGGGAAAGAUAUGUUCUCUGAAUUAGAUGAUGAGCUGGACAUACUGGAUAACUUGAGCAGCUCCAGUUCAAGUAAUUUGAAAGAGUCUGCUUUUGGUAUAAUUAAAGAAAGUUUUAGUGCUUCUGAAAGACAACCUCAGAUUAGAGGUUAUAUUGAAGGCCUGGGAUCAAGACUGCGACCAGCAUCGGUAGGAAUUGCUGUAUCACAACGGAAGGUGCGUCAGAUCAGUGACCCUGUUCAGCAGAUUCUUAUUCAGCUGCACAAAAUUAUCUUCAUCACUCAACUUCCUCCAGCUUUGCAAUGCAACUCGAAAAGGAGAAUUAUUGAGAGAUUCAAGAAGUCCCUCUUCAGUCAGCAGAGCAAUCCUUGUAAUCUGAAAUCAGAAAUGAAAAAGUUGCUGCAAGGUUCUCCUGAAUUGAUUGAGCCCAAAUUCUUCACAGCAGAUUGGCAUGUGGUACUUCUCUCUUCAGGUGGGAAUAUGUUGCUUCCAGAUGACAGAAAAGGUAUUGUUGGCACUUUUGACAUAGCAGAAGGAAUGACAUAUGAACAGUUGCAGACUCUAAUUGAAGAGGUUCUAGAGGAAAGUGGUUAUUACAAUUGCUAUUCUAACAGGUAUCUCUGUUAUCCAAGGGAAACAACAAACUGUCCAGCAAAAGAAGAGAACUUGUAAUUCUGAACAAAGGGUUCAGAAUUGUUCCUAAUGAAGUCAACCUGCCUGUACUUCAGCUGAGGCUGCCUGAUUACCAAAGGGGCAACCUUUGCUCAUUAAAUAGCAUCCAGAUGGAAUUCCAAUGUGGGACAGCUUCAAGAGACCUCACAUGAUAUUUCAGGAUGAUACUGUUAACUUUAGCUUUGUUUACAGCAUAAGCACUUUACAAGGAACAUUGGGAAAGAUGCUUCCAGUUUUAUACAUUAGGAGGAAAACACAAUUCCCAACAGUACAUAUCUUCUAUUUUUAUAUUUUUUUUAAAGAAUUGUUGCAUAGUCAGGCUUUCUGGAAUGAUAGUUCAAAGCCUGUAACCUUAUUUAUGUCCAUGUAUGUCUUCCAUGGAAAGAAAAAGAACUUUGUAAUAUGACCAGACAGAAAAUAUAUGUAGGUUCACUGUACCAGAAUUAGAAACAGAUUAAACACCAUCAGUAUGAUUUUAACAUUUAGAAGGAAUUUUUCUACUUAUGUUUGGAUGGUAGCAAAUUCUAAUGCUGGUGUACGACAUGUUAAUAGUCAUUAUUUGCAACUGGCAUAGCUUCUGAAAGGACUGUUAUUUUAAAAACAGCUGGUUUUACUGCUAUUUCAAAAUGUCUGUAUAUUAUAUGUCUAUCUUUAGGCAUACAUUGUAUAGAUCUGUGUAUAUAAAAUGUCACGUACAUUCACAUACAUCUCAUAUGCACAUUCAUUUACUGUUUAACAGACUAAGUAAAUUAAAUGCAUGCUUUGCUGCUAAUCAAAACUGUAGUACUUAAAAGCACUUUCAGAAUUUCAAUGUUUAUUCACUCUGUAUUAAAUGGAGAUAAAAAUGUCUCACUGCAGUAGCAGAGAAGCUAUUUUUUGUCUACAGUUUAGUAAGGAAUACUUAUUAAGUACGAAGGCUUUUCUCUACAGCUGAUGCUGUGGCAAUCAUAACUGUUGAAAAUAACCAGAACGCACUUCAUGAUAUAGCUCUACUAACUGUUGAAAAUUAUUAACAUUAUGGUCAUCACAUGAUUACUCACAAGUCAUUUGAUACAGAUGUAUGUUGUGUACUCUUCAUAGGCUCGCAAAUCUUGGUUGGUUUGUUUGCUUUUCCCCCAGUGGUUUGUUUGUAACUAUAAAUAGCUAACUGGCAUUCAUUUCCUGACAAUUCAAGUGUAUUAUUUCACCUGUAAUGUGUGACUUCAACAUCCCGAAUUGUGAAGCAGUGAAAAAAGACCCAAGGGGCAGUUUAAAAAAAAAUAAUUAAAAAUCUAUCCUCUUUUCAGAUAUAUGUAAUGUGGAAAGUCAUUGGGUGCUAUCUUUAUAUCUAUACAAUGGUACAGUAGUGAUAGCAAAGGUCUGUUAAGGGUCAAGUCAUAUGAUUCUUAAGGUACCACCAGCAGGUAGUUACAGUUUCCACCAUGAAUCACCAUAGGUGAUGCAUUUUCUGCAAUGUUACCACUAAAAAUUAAUUACUGUUCUAGUUCAGACUGUUAGUUUUCCUUUGCUAGAAUGGAGAAAGGGAAUGCAGUGUGGUUAAAUCCGAUGGAUUAUAAAGUAAAUCCACACAAUAUAUGGCUGCCAGUGGAAUUGAUUACACUGAUAUUUUAUCCAAAAAGACUUAAUUUAAAUUCAACUUUGAUAUGCUGGUCCUACUCAAAUUACAUAGGAAUUCUUUUCCUUUUCCAUUAUCAUUUUCCGUUUUAAUAGUAUAAAACCAAUCUACACUUAAAGUAACCUAUUUUAAUACUUUUUUGUGGAAAUGUCUUAUAAUUUAAAAAUACCAGAGUGCACCGAAUGUCUUAGAAAUAAUUUGGACCUUAUUUCAAGCAUGUUUUGAACUAUCAUUGUUUAUAUUUUGUCUGGAUUUGUGUGAUAGUGUAGUGUUCAUUCAUAUGUUUUUGUUGAGAAAUAGAGUAUAAUUAAUUACUCUUACUGUGUUUCUCUGUAAUGUAUUUUUAGCGCUGUUAACUUUGAAGCAAACUUUCUUGGUUUUGUGACUCUGAAAAGUGGAAUACUAGCUGUUGGCCAGCAGGGGAGAGUAGAAUUCUCCCCAGUAGCCACAAGGGGAGAGUUGGAUUGGUGGCAUGUACAGCUUGCAACCACCAAGGCAAAUCAAGCCAGGGAAUCGGUGGUCUGUUCUGUUUCUUUCCUAGUGUUUGCUGGGAUUUUUUUUUUUUCUCCUUGGCUGCAACUGCACUGACAUGCUGGCUGUUGUAGGAAAGAGCCGAUGCAUUUUACAUGUAGGGCAGUUAACUGCCAGAGAAGAUUCAUUAUCUAAGCUGUUAAGUAACUUAUGGCAUUAGUACGUAGAUGUACUCCUCUGACAUCAGGGUCCAUUGUGUUUCCCAUUGUAUGAAAAGUAAUAAGACCCAGUUCUGCCAUGAAUAAUUUCUGUAUGGUUAAAUUCUGCAUAGAAAAUAUAAAGCAUAUUUAGGGAAACACAGAAAAAAAAAAAAAGUUGCCCAAUAUCAUUCAGCAAAUCAUCAGCAAGUUUGGGAAUGGGACCUACAUCUCCUAAAUUCCAGUCUAGUGCAUAACUGGUAUCCUUCGAGGUGCGUAUCUUUUUUUUCUUGUAUGCUUGUAAUCUUUAAUGUAACAUGUGCAACAAUCAGACAAAAAAGCAUAGCUGUACUUAUUAAGCUAAAUGAAAAAGAUUCUGCAAAGUUCAGUACUAACAAGGUUGAAACGCUGUACUAAACUACAGCUAACUUUUGAUUAUUCGCAAGUUGAUCUAAACUGUGACUUAUGUAGGCCUUUCCUUCAGUUUGCUUGGUGGCAGUGAAGUAUCUGAGAUUAUAUAGUAUUUUGUCUUCUGUUAUUUAUACUUGCACCUACUUUCUACAGUCAUCUGAUUAGAAGUACUUUCUCAGGAGAAUGACCUGUGUGUGUAUUGUGUAGCCUGAUUUAUAUAUGUUUUGCUCUGAAUCAUUUCCUAGUCCCCUGUCAUAUCUCUGAAUAGUCAAAUGUUGACAUUGGAUCAAAUCAUUAGUUUUAUUCCAUUAGGCAAUUCCUGUUUACAGUCACAGAAUAAUGUAUUUAAAGACUGUAUUUCUUAGAGUCAUUGUAACUUAUUGAAUUACUGCUUGAUUAUUGGUAUUUCAUAUCAAGA